UGUCCUAGUUAUCUACUUUAUAUAUUCACUCGUUUUACAAAAUUCGUUGUGUUAACACCUCUAGAAAUAGUUAUUGUCCAAAAUUUAUCGUUACUAUUUUGUUUGUUGUAAAAUCCUAUUUCUGUAACUGAGUUCAACCUUUUAAGAUUGACUUUUUUAGAACGAAAAAAGGAUAAAUAAAAUUAGGACCCCUAAAAAAGCUAAACCUUAACUAAGAACAUGUGCUGCGGACCUUGUGGACCUCGUUGCUGCGACCCGUGCGGCGGCGCCUACAACUGUUGCGUAGAAAUGUGCUGCGAACCCUGCACUCCAGCCUAUCUUCAAUGUACUAUUAUGCCAUGCGGCCCCAGAGGUUGCUGCUAAGUCAUAAAUAUGGAGCUGCCAAAUAGGAAAUAUUGAGAUAAGAUCGAUGCUCCUUCUGUACAAAUUUAUAAUGGGUUUAUAUUCGAACUUCUCAACGACCUGCAACAAAAUAGUAAUAUAAACAUCGAGAAAAAUACAACGAAUAAAAAAACGAGUUCUUAAA